UCUUGUUCAUCUGAGAAACAUCAACAAACAAACAAACAAAUGUCGCUCGCGCGGAAGCCAGUUUCUCAGAUUCCUUCCAAUUCCGGCGCUUCUUCGCUGAUCUCAGCCGGCGCGAGUUCCAGCAUUGCGCCGUCGACGUCAUUGCUGCAGUCCCAGCAGCAGCAGGACAAGCAGGCCGUCGAAGCCCUUGCCAAGGAGAACCGAGAGCUCAAAGCCAAGCUCGAGUCGCUCGAGCGGGACAACCGCGGGCUCCGGAAGGCCGUUUUCGACCUCAGCAUCAAAGUGGACAUGCUGACCGAGCGCGAUCGCCGCACUGGAAAGGCCGCCGCGGCCGCCGCCUCCGCCGUUUUCGACAUUGACACUGUGCUCGAGCCCCCGCAGGCCCAGGCAGCCGCACUGGCGUCCUCGCAGCCGCAGCCGAGCCAGUCCCAGCGCGGCGUCUCCAAUUCGCCUCAAAUGCAGCAGUACAGCCAAGGCCGCGACCCGCAGGCCGCUGCCGCUCAUGCUGGAGGUGCAAGUGUGCAUGCCGCUGCCAAUGCCCAUGGGACGGCGGCGGGGUUGGACCUCGGAUCCGCGCCCAACUCUCAAUCGGGGACGCCCAAAGCGACCGCCCAGCCAUACGCGCUCGCUGCUGCAGACGAUGCAUCGACAGCACAAGCGUCAUCUUCGUUGGCAUCGUCGUCGUCGUCAUAUCCGUUGCAGCAGCAGCCAGCGGUGCAUCACACGGCCGUUGCAACCGGAAUCAAUUCUCAAUCCGGCGGCGGGAUGCGAGAUUCCGUCACUACGGUUCGCGAUCGGCUCCGUGACGGCAGGCACUUUGCUUACAAGCACGAGCUGAAGGGGCACACGGCAGCUGUCUACGCGGUGCAAUACUCACCUGACGGCAAAGUGCUUGCCUCGGGAUCGCUGGACAAGACGGUUCGCGUGUGGGAUUCGCUGCUGCAGCGGCAGCUGGCGUUGUUUGAAGGCCAUCGCACGAAUGUCGCCGAUCUCUGCUGGACGAACGACAGCACCAUGCUUGCAUCUGCGUCCUAUGACCAGAGCGUCAAAUUGUGGGAUGUCAACGGCUCCAAGCAUGUCUCGACCCACGAGGUCGCCGGGUGUGCCAUGACAGUCAAAGUCGAUCCAACGAAUAACAACAUCAUGUAUGUCGGCACAAGCCGCAAUAUGAUUUACCGCAUCGAUCGGCGGCAGGCUGAGCCGGCAUCCAAGUUUGCCACCGUUGAAGGCAUGGUCAAUGCCCUUGUUGUCUUUCGUGACGGCGAGUACAUCAUGUCGGGUGACUCACAAGGAAGCCUCAAAACCUGGGACGUGCGCAAUGCUCGUGUCUACGCGAGCGUGCUCAACGACGAAACGCGAAAAGCCAUUUCGCACAUUCAUAUGUCCUACCGCAAAACCGAGUCGGAUGAAGAGGAAGAGCGGUAUCUUGCAGUCAAUAGCUACGACAAUGUGUUGCGAGUGUACAAUCGGGGAUCAAUGCCUCCCAAGACACCUCUUAGUUUGCAGCAUGCUGUUAAAGGCCACGCUAACAAGAAUUGGCCCAUCAAAAGCUCCUUCUUCCAUGGCAUUUAUCAUCGAACUGCUCAAUCCCAAUCGUCGGCGACGGAUGAUCUGAGCGAUGUGCUCGAAUCAAAUGCUGCCUUGGAAGACACAAAGAACAAGGAGCGAUCGGUUCAUAGCACGUUGCUGUUGGCGACCGGUAGCGCAGACGUUGCCGCGUACAUUUUCGACGUGGGCGGCCCAGCUGGUUCGCACGAGCUCAUUCAAAAACUCGAAGGCCAUUCCGACCGUGUGUACGCUGUCAAUUUCCACCCAAUGGAUCCCAUUCUUGCAACAGCCUCCGCCGACACGACUAUUCGAAUCUGGACUGCGCGAUCCACGCGGCCUCAGAUGGAUUUAUCGUAAUCGUUGCUCCCUUCAUCUUGUUAACAAAUACACCAGCAGCAGUAUCAAUCAACAGGAGCUCUUUCUCGUUCGUUGUCGAUGCGGAU